AUGUUUGUACGACAGCAAUCUGUAUUGAAAUUAUCAUCUGUAAUUAGUAGUUUUUAUUAUCGUACAAUGAAAAUCCGUCAUUUCAAUGCCUUAGAAGAUAAUUAUAUGUAUUUAAUAAGUGAUGAUAAAACUAAAGAAUGUGCAGUUGUUGAUCCAGCCGAACCUGACGUACUAGUCAAAACUAUUAGGAAUGAAGGAUUAAAAUUAACAACUAUUCUUACAACACAUCAUCAUUACGAUCAUGCUGGUGGUAAUAACAAAAUGCUCAUAUUAAUGGGUGCAGACAAAGGUCAAAUAAAAGUAGUUGGUGGUGAUAACUCACUGCAAGGACUUACACAUUCAGUAACUGAUAAUGAAAAACUAAAAAUUGGAGAAAUUGAAGUAACUUGUUUAUCAACGCCAUGCCAUACAGCUGGUCAUGUUUGUUAUGUAGUCACUGAUGAAAAAGAACAAGCCGUUUUUACAGGCGAUACAUUAUUUAUUGGUGGUUGUGGUAAAUUUUUUGAAGGUACCGCAUCACAAAUGCAAUCAAGUCUUCAAAAAUUAGCUUCACUUGAUCCUAAAACUCUGGUCUAUUGUGGUCAUGAAUAUACGAAAAAAAAUCUUCAAUUUGCUGCUACUGUCGAGCCAGAUAAUCAAGACUUGCAAGCUAAACAAGCUAGUUUAACAUCUGUUACUAUACCAUCGACUAUUGGUGAUGAACUUAAAUUUAAUCCUUUUAUGCGUACUAAUCAAAGUAGUGUACAAAGAUUUACUGGUAAAACUGAUCCGGUUGAAUGUAUGGCUGAAUUACGUGAACGAAAAAAUAGAUUUUAA